CUGAUCUUCUAUGAGUCACGACCUGACAGAGUGUGGCAUCGAUAUCAGAGCAGCCUCAGUGUACUCAGGAGUGUUCACACAGGUCUUUAGAGAAGAGAGAGGACUGUACCAGGACAAGGUGUUCUGCUUCGUCCAUCUGAGCGUUCAGGAGUUUCUGGCUGCUCUUCAUGUCCAUCUGACCUUCAUCAACUCUGGAGUCAACCUGCUGUCAGAAGAACCAACAACCUCCCAGAAGUCUGAAGUCAAACCUACACUAACAAAUCUCUACCAGAGUGCUGUGGACCAGGCCUUACAGAGUCCAAAUGGACACCUGGACUUGUUCCUCCGCUUCCUCCUGGGUCUUUCUCUGCAGACCAAUCAGAAACUCCUACAUGGCCUGCUGACACAGACAGGAAGUGACUCAGAGACUGAAGAGGACACAGUCCAGUACAUCAAGAAGAAGAUAGAAGAGGAUCUGUCUCCAGAGAGAAGCAUCAACCUGUUCCACUGUCUGAAUGAACUGAAUGAUAGUUCUCUAGUGAAGCAGAUCCAACAGUUCCUGAGUUCAGGAAUUCUCUCCACAGAGGAACUCUCUCCUGCUGAAUGGUCAGCUCUGAUCUUCAUCUUACUGUCAUCAGAAGAAGAUCUGGAUGUAUUUGACCUGAAGAAAUACUCUGCUUCAGAGGACGCUCUUCUGAGGCUGCUGCCAGUGGUCAAAGCCUCCAACAAAGCUCUACUGAGUGGCUGUAACCUGUCAGAGAGAAGCUGUGAAGCUCUGUCCUCAGUCCUCAGCUCCCAGUCCUCUAGUCUGAGAGAGCUGGACCUGAGUAACAACGACCUGCAGGAUUCAGGAGUGAAGCUGCUGUCUGCUGGACUGGAGAGUCCACACUGUGAACUGCAGACUCUCAGUCUGAGAGGCUGUCUGGUCACAGAGGAAGGCUGUGUUUCUCUGGCUUCAGCUAUGAGCUCCAACCCCUCCCUGAGAGAGCUGGACCUGAGAUACAAUCAUCCAGGAGACUCAGGAGAGAAGCUGCUGUUUGCUGGACUGGAGGACCCACUCUGGAGACUGGAGACACUUAGUAUGGACCAUGGUGGACUGCAGUGGUUGAAACCUGGUCUGAGGAAGUAUGCCUGUGAACUGGAGCUGGACACAAACACAGCACACAGGAAACUCAAACUGUCUGAAGACAACAUGACGGUGACAGCUGAGGAGGAGGAGGAGCCAUAUCCUGAUCAUCCAGAGAGGUUUGACUACUACGAACAGCUGAUGUGUAGAGAAGCUCUGACUGGUCGCUGCUACUGGGAGGUCGAGUGGAGCGGGGAGGUUCAUAUAGCAGUGACUUACAGAGGAAUCAGCAGGAGAGGAAAGAGUAAGGACUGUAGGUUUGGAUGGAAUGAUCAGUCCUGGAGUCUGAGAUACUCUGGUGGGGGUUACAAUGUCUGGCACAAUGAGAGAAGAACACGCACCUCCUCCUCCUCCUCCUCCCCCUCCUCCUCCUCCUCUGGUAGAGUAGCAGUGUAUGUGGAUCAUCCUGCUGGCUCUCUCUCCUUCUACAGAGUCUCCUCUGACAAACUGAUCCACCUCUACACCUUCAGAACCACAUUCACUGAACCUCUCUAUGCUGGGUUCAGGUUAUGGACUGGUCUCUCCUCAGCGUCUCUGGUUCCUCUGCAGGUCUGAGAGUCUCUCCUGACGACAGAAACUGACUGCAGAUCAGCUGCUGAAGUCAGUUCAGUGUGUUCACCAUCACACACACAUCUGUCUCACACGCACUCUGCACUGUGAAGCAGAUCUGUCUCACACUCAACACAAAACAUUUAUCUGAUUCCUUCUCUGUGAAAAUCAACAUCUUUCUUAACUCUUAAUGAUAAACAUCAAAAAGUGUAGAAACUACUAUUACUGAGAUUUAUAUUUAGUUGAUCCCACAUGUUUUAGAGAAAUCUGUCAUUUGAAUCAAGGUAAAGGUGUGUUUCCUCUUGUCUCUAUAAUAAUAAUUAUUAUUCGCAGGUCUCCCUUGAAAAAGAGAUCAAUGAUCUGGAUG